AUGGCAAAUAAAGUAACAUACUCAGGCAGCACUUAUUCAAAAUUUAGACCCUCUUAUUCUGAUGAAAUUUACUCACUCAUUUACAAGUUUCAUGAAGAACAUAAUAAUGAGUAUGAUACUGUUAUAGAUGUCGGUACUGGUACAGGACAAGUGGCUGUUGAAUUGAGUAAAAAAUUCAAGCAGGUAUAUGGCAUUGAUGCUCUAUCAGAACAAAUAAAAAACGCAACACCUCGAGAGAAUAUCACAUAUCAAGUAGGUCCGGCCGAAGAUCUUUCACAAUUUGAAAAUAGUUCAGUUGAUAUGAUCACUGUUGGAACUGCAUUCCAUUGGUUUGAUCAUAGUCAAUUUUUCAAAGAGGCAAAGCGAGUUUUGAAACGAGAGACGGGCACCCUGGCUAUCUUUGGCUACUUUUAUCCAGUUAUUAAAGACGAGCCAAAAGCAAAUGAACUUAUUAAAGCAUUACAUACUGGACCCUUUGACAAGUAUUCAAAUCAAAAUAUUCGCUUUAUUCGCAAUAUGUAUCGUGAUAUUGUAUUUCCUUUUACUGAACAAGUCUGGUACAUUACUCCUAAAACAGAGGAUACAACAAAUAUCAGUCAUGCUAUUCAGGGCUCUUUGAUGAAGGCUUCAAUGUCAUUAGAACAUUUUAGACAUUAUAUGAAAACAUCUUCUGCCUAUUUUAAUUAUAUCAAGGAAAAUCCUGAUAAAGAAGACCCUAUAGAUAAAUUAAUGAAUGAUAUUUUGUCGACUACAGAUAUAAAAGAUCUUGAGCAAGUAGUUAAACUUGAAUGGCCUACUGUUCUUGUAUUAGCAAAGAAUGAUUAA